AUGAGGUGGUCAAUGAUUGGUGACUAACACAGCACAAAACCAAAACGGAAUCAACUGCUCAUCAGCCAUGGAAACUACUUUAUCUCCACCUCUGUCUGCACCUCGAUUCUCGAGCUUCAUUACCGCCAACACUAAGUUGUAUGAAAAACCCACAAAACAUGUCUGUUUCUUGUCCCCUUUGUCCAAAUCUUUUCACCCAAAACUCACUUUUCACACCAAGAAAAUGCAAAUCAAUUGCCUCAGUGCCUCCUCUAGCUCUUCUGAGCUGAACCCAUCUCCACAACUUGCUGUUCUUCUUGAAGUUGAUGGGGUUCUAAUGGAUAUAUAUGGCGGGGGGAAUCGUGAAGCCUUCAAUGUAGCGUUUCGGAAGCUCGGUCUUGACUGCGCAAAUUGGACAAAACCAAUUUAUAACGAUCUAAUUAGGAAGAGUGCUGGUGACGAGAAGAUGAUGUUGUUUUUGUAUUUCAACAGGAUUGGCUGGCCUAGUUCUUUGCCUACAAAUGAGAAGGAAACGUUUAUGAAAAACGUUCUGCGUGAAAAGAAAACUGCGCUGGAAGAUCUUGUGAUGUCAAAGAGUAUACCUUUAAGACCUGGUGCAGAAGAUUUCAUGAAUGAAGCAAUUAAAGAAGGGAUUCCAGUAGUCAUUCUGACAGCCUACAGUAAAAUCGGGGAUAAAAUAGCCAGGUCUAUGAUUGAAAAACUUGGAAUCGAAAUAGUGUCAAGGAUAAAAGUUGUCGGAACUGUGGAGGCAGAAAAAAGUUUUUACGGCCAACUUGUUCUUGGUGAAGGUGUGUCAUCUAGCUUGGAUGAGCAAUUAAUUAGAGAAGCAAGAAAAGCGGCUUCUGCUGAAAAACAAAGAAUCGCAAAGGAAGUUGCAUCCAUGUUGAAGCUGAGUGUUGACAUUGAUACCAGUUCAAGUGAAAGUUUACAGAAAAUUGUGACUGCUCUACGAGCAGCGGCAGAAUACGUUGAAGUGCCAGUUUCAAAUUGUGUGCUUGUUGCUGGAAGCCAAUCUGGAGUAGCUGGGGCUGAACGAAUAGGCAUGCCUUGCAUUGUUCUCCGCAGCAGUUCAACAAUGAGGGCCGAGUUCACAUCAGCGAAUGCUACAUUGGAUGGAUUUGGUGGUGCAGAUCUAACAAUUGCUAAACUUCUCAGCAAAAGAUGGCUAUAAUCUUUUGGGGAGACUCCUACAAGUUGAGUUGCUGUAUUCUAGUUCCUCUCUACCUGAAAAGUACUUGCAGCUCAACCUGGUCUAAUAUUCUGUUUUGUAACAAAUCUUCACAACUUGACAUUUAAAGUUCCACUGCUGACUUUUUUACUAUUUACAUUUAAAGUUCCACAGCGACUGGUGUCCAACAUGGAUGGAUACGUCUGAGUGUCGGACUCAACAAUAUUUUAAAAAAUAUUCUAUGUUUUUGACUUGAAAUAAGUAUUCGAAUGUUCAUACUCA